AUGCAUGGGGACGCGCCCCAGGGCGGCGGCGCCAGCAAGGCACAGCACCAGCCGGGCAAUGUAGCGGCCCCUCCACCAGACGGCCCGCCCGCGGCGGCGCUGCCCGCCCUCGGCUCUGCCAGCCCGCACAUUCGGCUUGCGCCUUCGUCGCUGCGCGACCCCAACCGCAACUUCAUCACCGAGGCGGUGAUCGGCAGCCUGCCCGCGGCGCUGCCUGCGGAUGAGCGCCAGCGCAUCCAGGCCAGCACCCCGCUCUCCACCACCCUCAACAAGUUUUCCUCCAUGCCGCGCGACAAGGUCACCUCCCCCACGCCAGAGGGCCAGCGGCUGCGGCGCAACGCGCUGAAGGGGGCACUGCUGGUCUUCAUCACUGCCGGCCUACCAAGCAAGCGCUUCGUCUUUGAGAAGGCCAAGGAGCUGGGCGUGCGGGUGGUGCUGAUUGAUGGGCCCGAGUCGUGGAGCAAGGUGCUGGUGGAGGAGGGCGUGAUCGAGUGGUUUGUGCCGCUGGACAUGUCUGAUGCAGACACAGUGUUCCACCGCUGCCUGGCCGCCAUCCGCAAAGUGCAUCACGAUGCGGGGCAGCUGGACGGUGUGCUGUCCUUCUGUGAGAUGGCCAUGCCGCUGGUGGCGCGCCUGGCGGAGCGGCUGGGCCUGCCCGGCAACCCGCCGGGCGCGGUGGACGCGGCGCGGGACAAGCACGCCACGCGCGAGGUGCUGGCGGCGGCGGGCCUGCCCACGCCCCGCAACUUCCUCAUCACCUCGCCCCGCCAGCUGGCGGCGGCGGCCGAUGCGGUACGCUUCCCGGCCGUCAUCAAGCCCAUCUGCGGCGCCGCCUCGAUCGGGGUGGUGCGGGUGGACGACUUUGAGCACCUGCAGCAAGAGUACACCAAGGUGCGGCAGGACAUUGGCGGGGCCCGGGUGGUGGCCGGGGCGCUGCAGCAGGGCGGCGACGGUGUGAGCGGGCACGCCAGCAACGGCGACGGCAACGCGUCCAGCUGGAUCAACACAGACAUCAUGCUGGAGGAGUACCUGGAUGGUCCAGAGGUGGAUGUGGACCUGGUGCUGUCGGGCGGGGAGCCCGUGUACGGCGCGGUGAACGACAACUGGCCCACGCUGGAGCCCUACUUCAACGAGACCGGCAGCAACGGCCCCUCCACGCUGCCGCUGUGGCAGCAGCGCGAGCUGUGCGAGCUGGCGGUGGGGUCGGUCAAGGCACUGGGCUUCACCUCGGGCGUGUAUCACGUGGAGCUGAAGCAGACCAGCCGCGGCGCGCGCCUGAUCGAGGUCAACUGCCGCAUGGGCGGCGGCGUGGUCAGCACCAUGAACCUGCUGGUGUGGGGUGUGGACCUGGUUGAGGAGCAGCUGCUGUGCUCGGCAGGCAUCCCCUCGCGCCCGCCGGUGGCGCCGCAGCCGCUGAUGCAGGUGGCUGAGUACAUUGUGAAUGCCAGGAGGACCGGCGUGCUGCGCAGCCUGGCCUUCCUGGAUAGGUACCAGGGCGUGCCAGGCGUGCUGUACGCCAAGCCCUGCGUUCCCGCGGGCGCACACGUUGUGUGCAAGGAGGAUGGGCUGCCGACCUGGGUGUGCCAGGUGCUGGUGACCAAGCCCACGCUGGCAGAGGCCAUACAGUGGGUGACGGAGAUUGAGGAGGAGAUUUCACGAGACAUGCCCAUCGAGUGA